AUGCUAGUGCCCAUUGCGGAUUACAUUGAGAAGGCUUGGGCCUAUGUUUGCUUUGGUAACUGGGCUGUGAUAUGGGAACAAAAUGUGUAUGUAAAAAUAACAAAUGAGAAUGGUUCGACAAUAACUCCCCCAGUCACCCUUCAGGCUUCAAUCGUGUCGGAUUUGGGGACGCUUCAGCUACAGAGGUUGAAGCAGUUGGCUCAAAUAAUCACAGUGUCUCCUGUAAAAAUUCUUGGCCUCAACAAUUGA